GCGCAUUUUAAAACAUCAACGACUACGACUAACACACAAAAAACUUCAAGCCUGUGUCCUAAUUUGCUCAUUACUCCGAUACCAUAAACCCUAAUUUCAAUACUUGUGAUACUCGAGAAACAAGAAAAAUCAUGAGUAGAUUUCGAUUCGAUCUACUCCUUUUACUUGUACUUGCCCUACAAUUAUCCCCGGCGCUUUCCGAUCUCAUCAUCUCCAAGCUUGAUCGACGGAUUGAUCUGACUUCACAGAUUGUGCGGGUGACGAUGACCUUGAAGGUGGAAAAUACUGGUCAUGAUCCGGUAUCAGAGGUAUCUUUUACCUUUCCUGAACACCAAGCGAAUAAUUUGGCGCUUUUGGUGGCGGUUAGUACCGAAGGAAAAGGAAAAAAUAGAGGCGCUGCUACCAAUCUAGCAAUUGGUGUUAAGCAACCUAAUGAUUCACCGCCGUCGUUGGUUUGGUAUGCUGCAUCUCUGCCCAAGGAAUUGGGUAAGGGAGAAAGUUUGAAUAUGGAUGUUUUGGCGGUUUUCACGCAUUCAUUGCGACCGUUUCCUGAGAAAAUCACUCAAGCUGAACCGCAACUCCUUUUGUUCCAGGACAGUGCACAUUUUACGUCGCCUUAUAAUGUUAAAGUUCAGUCACUUACUGUUAAACUGCCCAGUGGAAAUGUAGAAUCUUAUACGAAGCUUGAAAAAACCAAGUUUUCUGGCUCGGAGAUUAAGUAUGGUCCUUUUGAGAAUCUUCCUGCUUUAUCAUACUCGCCGGUAAUUAUUCAUUUUCCUAGUAAUAAGCCAUUUGCGAUUGCGAAAGAGUUGGUAAGAGAAAUAGAGAUCUCACAUUGGGGCAAUGUACAAGUGACUGAACAUUAUAGCAUUAUUCAUGGUGGUGCUCAGAGCACUGGUGAAUUUUCAAGGCUGGACUUCCAGGCCAGACCAGAAGUGAGAGGUGCAUCGGCUUUUAGACAUCUUAUUGCCAUGUUACCACCAAGAGCGCAUUCUAUUUACUACAGGGAUGCCAUUGGCAAUAUUUCAACAUCUAAUAUACAUAGUGAUUCAAGCAAGACACUAGUUGAAAUUGAGCCUCGAUAUCCUAUGUUUGGUGGUUGGAAAACUUCAUUCACCAUUGGUUAUGGUUUACCACUUCACGACUACUUAUUUCAGUCAGGAAGGAACCGCUUCCUUAAUAUAACUUUUGGUUCACCCUUAUUUGACGUGCUGGUUGAAAACCUUACCUUGAAGGUUGUUUUGCCUGAAGGAUCAAAAGAUAUAUAUUCUUCAGUUCCUUUCCCUGUAAAACAGUCACAAGAGACGAAAUUUUCUCACUUGGAUAUUGCUGGUAGACCCACGGUUGUAAUCGAAAAGGUUAAUGUUGUCCCAGAGCAUAACCAGUAUUUCCAGGUUCACUACAAGUUCAGCAACAUAUCAUUACUUACAGAACCGUUGAUGUUAAUAUUUGGGUUUUUCUCCCUAUUUGUUGCUUGCAUCAUCUAUAUGCAUGCUGACCUCACUAUCUCAAAAUCUUCUUCUUCAUAUCUAGCGAAACUACAAUGGGAUGAGGUUCAGGGAACUAUUCAGCAGCUUCAAGAUAUCAUUAAUCGAUGUCUACUAAUCCAUGAUAAGCUAGAAGCAUCAUUAAGAGAACUUUCUAGAACAGGUGAUGUACAAGCUUGUAAAGCAGUCCGCAAAUCAGCUGACAGUUUAUUGAAGGAUCUUUCGAAAGAAUUGAAACCCCUUUUGGCUCUCUUACAAUCUUCACCACAAGCUGCACAUAUAUUACCCAAGGUGGAGGAUCUGGUUAUGAAGGAGAGAGAUUUACAAGAAAAGAUUCUGCUAAAACACACGACGGUGGUGGACUCUUAUGAGAAAAAAUCUAUGAGUCGAGAUGCUGAAAACCGUGUGGCUGCAAUCCAGCAAAAGAUUUCAGCUUUGAAGCAGGAAGUUGAUGAUCUUCUCGACUUUGUUGAAGAUAUUUAACUGGUAAUCAUUUUCGGUUUUACUUUUGUCUUUUUGUUCAACCUUAAAUUGAGACCUAGUUUGUGUUCUUCUGACGCUACAAAUCCAAGUUUGAUAAUGUAGGCUUCCUGUUGUUUUCCCCUGAUAUUACUUGCAACUUUUGUAGAAGCUUGAUUUUAUACUAAAUAGACGUUAGCUUUUAAGUGA